CACUGCAGUUCGGAUUUGCCGGUUGUUUGGAUCGCAGAUUGAAUCGGAAAGCCAGCGGCGUUGGUUCGGAAAAGUGCAGUCUCCGCGUCGCGAGUGCGCCAAUAACGAGAAAUAACGAGAAUUGAAAAAGUUCCUUAAGAGGUGGAGUCCAGUAAAGCGCAGCAGCAAUGAUGCCGCUGCAGGAGUCGCCGUCGCCCAGUUGGCAGCUGGAGGACUACGCUUUCUUCCGCAAGUGCGGGGAAAUCACCGUCUCGCCGGACGUGCAGAGCUUCGGCUUCAACUGCGCCUUCUGUCCGGCGAUCUGCCUGCAGUUCUCCGUGUUCAUGGACCACAUCCGGGUGCAGCACACGCAGGACGUGAGCCGGCGCUACGAGACUGAGGAGGAGAGGUGUCCGCAAACCGAUCUGGUCAUCAUGGAACUCGACUGCCCCGAGAUUUAUCCGCCGGAGGCGCCUAGGAAAUGCAGCUGGGAGGCCGACAUGGACAUCCAGCUAAUGAGCCUCGUUCCGUCGCCUCCCGCAGUGCACAUAGCACCUCUACCACCACCUAAAACGACCGAAACACCAGAAAUAGAUUUGGUCUAUGUGGUUGAAAAUCCAUUACCACCCUCGCCGCCGCCCUCCGCGGACAUUUCGGUCGACGAGCUGCCGGGAAGCAGUCCGCAGUCCUUCGACCUGGAUCCCUUUGCCGUGCUGCACGAGGUAGUAACGAUGACUCCGCCCACUCCCAUUGCUCCACCACCGGGCCCGCCGACCCCCAAUCCGACUCCAACUGCGACUCCGGCCCCAUUGCCGCGGUACGAGACACGACGCGUGCGCCAGCGAUUGUGUACGAUUUCCAGCACCACGAUAAACCCCGGACAAGAUCGUCUGGCUGGGCAGCGCUUAUCUCGCAGAGAGCCCAACACUGGCAACGCAAUGCAGCGCAAGCUUCGUCAGUCGCAAAACGAGCAACCUAAAGAUGGGGCGGUGGACGAGGUCGCGGUGGAGGAGCACAAGGGAACGGAACCCACUGGACAGCCGGAGAAGAGUGCUAUGGAACUAACACCACCUGCCACGCCGCCCACCCCACUGCCGCCCACCUCGCCCACGAGCAGCACGGCAAGCUGUGCGGAUUUCCAAUCGAAAAGUCGCAGGGAGCUAGAACGUAAUCACGAGUUCGUUGGCUGUCUGCUGAGGGAGUACGAGCGCACGGAAAAGCUGUGGAAUCCCCGGCAUCCGGACUACAAGUACAAUGCCAAGCGCAGUGCCUACGGUGAUCUGGCCGGUCCGCUGGAGUCCAUUUGCCACAGGCAGCUCUCCGGAGCCGAGAUCUUCGCUGUGCUAAAGGAGUUGAGGUGCAGAUACCGCCGCGAGCUGAAAAAGGUGAACGCCCUGGGUGGAAAGUACAAGUCGCGUCUGUGGUACUUUGAGAGGAUGGACUUUCUGCGGUGUGUCAUCGAAAACAGGCGAGCCGAAAGGGAAGCCAAGAUUUCCAAUGAGAGCACAGAGAGUGAAAAGUCGUGCGAAACGGACGCUGAUUCCUGCGGCAAGUCAUCUUUGUACCACGAGGUUCUGAGUUUCAUUCUGGAUGCCUUCAAGAGGCAGGAAUGCCUGUGGAAUCCGCAGCACUACGACUACACCACAUGCUGUAAGACGGAACUGUUUCGCGACAUCUCCGUCCAGUUGCAGGAGGAGCUCAACUAUGAGCUGAGCGGCGAGGAAUGCUGCAACGAGAUCCAAAAACUUAGGACACGUUACCGCAAGGAGCUGCGCAUGGUUAUUAAGCACAAGGGAUUGUACCUACCCAAGUUAUGGUGUUACGAUGAAAUGGAGUUCCUGCAGCCCAUACUGCAGGAGCAGAUCUUCAACAAGAUCAGCAAGAAAAUCGGAGUGGUGGGAAGCAACCAGAAGACCAAGUUCAUCGAUGCCAGCUCAAUUCGUUUUGACAAUACUGAGAAACAACUGCAGUUUGUAGAGAUUUACCACAACUACUCAGCUCUGUGGGAUGUUGACCAUCCCGACUUCCGAUCGAAUACGUAUCGUAGUCAGGCUUUGGGUCAAAUGUUGGAUGAGAUAAACACAACCUUUCACACUUCCUACACUGCGGAGCAGUUGGAAAAGACCUUGUUCAAUCUGCGCAAAGAAUUCUCCGCCCAGAAACGGAAGAUACUUACGGAGUCCGAAGACUCCAGCAGCAUUCCGCUGCUGCAUGCCAAACUGGCAGAGUUCCUAGACCAAAAUCUUGGUCCUUUUCGUUGCGAUAUAUGCUCGGACCUGGUCAAGACCUGCGAUCAGUACAAGGUGCAUCGAUCCGCACACGAUGGCACCCAACCCUUCAUCUGCACUCUGUGCGGAAAGGGUUUCCAGAUGCCUUGCAAUCUGACGGUGCACAUCAGAAGGCAUCGUCGGGAUUUCCCCUAUUCCUGCGAGCAAUGCGACAAGCGCUUUGCCACAUCCACGGAGGUGGCUAUCCACUUGCGCACCCACACCGGCGAGCGACCCUACAUAUGUGACCUUUGCGGCAAGUCCUUCAAGACGUGGUCCUUCUUCGACAUCCACCGACGCCGUCAUCUGAACCAGUCGACAUUCCACUGCCCGAUAUGUGCAAAAGGGUUCUACGAGAAGAAUCGCUUCACCGAUCACAUGAACUCCCACUGGGCGAUCCGCAAGCACCUGUGCACGGUGUGCGGCAAGACCUUCACCACGUACGGCAACCUCAAGAAGCACACGGAGCUGCAUUUGGCGGUGAAGAAGUACAAGUGCGGCACGUGCGGCAAGCGAUUUGCACAAUUCGCCAGUCUUCGAUGGCACAAAAAGCGAGAGCACAGCUCCGUGGGGCAAGCGGGCGGCAAGUAGAACCUUCAGCCACUCGAAGUUUUUGCUCUGCACUUUAUAAUAUUUACAAAGCAAUCGUAGGGCGUUAGAUGUGUGUCCGUGUACUUAAAGUUAUUUUGCCGUCUAGCAUAUACCAAUCAUAUCGUUAAUCUAGCACUAAUGUAAGUAAUGUAUUUAUAUGCUAUUUAAGAAUGUCUGAUAAAUGGCUACAAGUGUUGCCUUUUGCGUUCUGUAAGUCUUAUCGUCGUAAUCAGAGACGAUUAGCCAGCCAUUCGUGCAAUGCUUGUAACUGGUUUAUAAUUCGAAUCCCAAAGUCAUCGAAAGUGAAACCAAAAAUAUGCGUGUGUUUUAAAUAAACAUAUAGUCAAUGUAUUUAUUUGUAAUGUUUUCAUCUGGCUUAUCGACUAGAGUUGUACAUUUAAGAAUACCGAAGGAGCUUAAACUGGUUUUCGCCAGUCGGAAUAGGUAUUUUCCAUAAUAAACUGGAACUUAUGAGCACACGCGUAUAACUCUUUGCCAAAGUCGUAAAUCUGCCAUCGAAUCGGUAUUAAUUUAGAUACCGCCCCUUUGGCUUAUUUACCCAACGUUUAUUGACUCCAAUUGAGCGGCUCCAGUCGUCGCCUCGAUGAAAGUGCAAGUGACAAAUGAGUCGCGGAGGAGUCGCCCAGUGACCAGAGUUAUUUCAUUUUUAUCGGCCCAAUGCACACACUCAAUUAGAUUUCAUUAAAUUGUUGCAACAGAGCAAAUUACGACAAAGGCGGAAAAUGGAAAUGAAAAUGAAAAUGAAAAUUAAUUGCACCCAAUGACUUGUGUGCGAAACAAACAAAAUGUCUAGGGCGAUAUGCAGUCAACUGUAACGUGGUAAUUACCCAAAGACGGGGGCCGCAAACAAAUCGAAACCUAAUCAACUGUCGCAGGGGCGUCCAAAGGGGCAAACGAAGAUUAAUAGGAUCGGCAUCGAAGUGAGAUUUAUGCUCGCAUAGGUUCGACAAUUUUCUGCUCGGACACUCGUCAAAUAAUUUCCGAUUAUCCUGGCGGUCGCAUCGGCCGAGGCAGAUCCUUCAGCUCCAGCUGACUCUUGGGGCGGAUGAGCAUUUGGACGGACUUCAGGGAGCGGAAGCUGUACCACGGCUCCCAGUAGAUGCUCUGCGGGUUGUCCACCUCUCCCUUGAAGUAACGUCCAUUUAAAUUGCUGUUAAAUAAAAAAAAAAUUACCCUUUACAUGUUUUGUACCUUAAUAAUUGUAUAAUGGAAAAUUGAAAAUUAUUCAACACAAGAAAAGUAGCUCGCUUUCCCAAGCCGACGCUUAAAUACCCUUGCACUACAUAUUAAAUACAAACUAUUAUUGAUACAAUCACUUUUCGAUCAAAAACAACAAAUAUACGAUGUGUUUUUUCCCAUCUUCAAUUAAAUUUUUGUCAUUUAUAU